AUGCGGGUUUCCCGAGCCUUAUUAAAUGAAGUAAGUGGUUUCAAAAAAUUCAGCAUACUCAGCUUCAUAUUUUAGGUUAGAGUUAGAUUCGCUCCAUCACCAACUGGUCAAUUGCAUAUAGGAGGAUUGAGAACAGCGUUUUUCAAUUAUUUAUUUGCAAAAAAAUACGGAGGAAAAUUCAUUUUAAGAAUAGAAGAUACAGAUCAAACAAGAUUAGUCAAAGGUGCACAAGGACAGAUUUCAAAUAUUCUGAAACAUUAUGAUUUGGAGCCAGAUGAAGGACCGGUUGUUCAAAGUGAAAGAUUAAAUAAAUAUCGAGAUGCUGCAGAAGAAUUGAUUGAAAAUGGACAUGCUUAUCGAUGUUUCUGUUCUUCAGAAAGAUUAGAUCUUCUUCGAAAAACUGCAGCGAGAAACGGCGAAAUUCCAAAAUAUGAUAGAAAAUGUGCAAACAUCGACAAAAACGAAGCUCUAAAAAUGUCUGAAAACGGUGAAAAAUGUGUGAUUCGUUUGAAACUUGACAAACAAAAUGUGUCAUUUAAAGUGAGUUAGAAUUUUGUAAGACUUCAAAAACAACAUUUUUAGGACGGUGUCUUUGGUGAUAUUAAUCAAGUGAUUGAUGAAUCUGAUGCAAUAUUAUUGAAAUCCGAUGGUUUUCCAACUUAUCAUUUGGCAAAUGUUGUAGAUGAUAAAGAUAUGAAAAUUUCACAUGUUAUUCGAGGAAUGGAAUGGUUGAGCUCCACUGGAAAACAUCAUAUUCUAUAUAAGUUCGUUUUUGUUAAUUUUUCUGUAAAUACUAAAUUUUCAAUUGAACAUUGUAGAUCCUUCAACUGGACUCCUCCAAAAUAUCUCCAUCUUUCGUUGAUUAUGAGAACAGCUACGAAAAAACUUUCCAAACGAGACUCCGAUGCAUACGUUGAUUAUUAUAAUGAGAAGUUGGGAGUUUUGCCGUUAGCUAUACUGAACAUGAUGGUAGUAAAAUAUUCAAAAACAAAUUAAAAAAAAUUAUUUCGCUCAAAUUUAGAUUCGGAAUGGUAGUGGAAUAAGAAAUUUUGAUCCGAAUCAUUUUUAUUCAAUUUCUGAAAUGGUUGAGAACUUCGAUCCCGAAUUGCUUGGAAGAAGGAAUUUACUUGUGAGUUCUGAAUUUAUAUUGACUUGAUCGACUCUAGCAUUUUUUCAGCUCGAUUCUGAUAUUCUUCACAAAUAUUCUCGAAUGGCAUUUCAAAAUUCAAGUUUUCCUGAAAUUUAUCGAAAAAUUUGUGAGAAAUUCGGAACUCACGACGAGGAGAAAGUUCGAAAAGUUGUAGAAUUUUUGCGGGCAAAAGAGGAGAAUUUUGGCAAUUUGAGCGAGUUGGCUGAAGAUGGUCCAUUUGGAUGGAUGUUAUUUGAAAAUAAUGGGGAGAAUGUAGAAGACACGGAAAUUUUGAAAAAAAUUGGUAGGUUUUCUUUUUUCCUAACAAAGUUUUCUCCUAAAAACCAGAAAUUUUUAGAUUCCUGGAAAGUUGAAAAAAUUCGAGAGGUAGCGAAAUCUCAUGGGAUUCCCGAAAAGAAACUGCUUGAAAAAUGUAGGAUAGCUCUGAUUGGACGGAAAAAAGGGCCGCCUGUUUCUGAAAUUGUCGAUUUUCUUGGAGAAGAUGAAUGUUAUCGAAGGAUAAGUGAACGUUUAUGA